CUAAUAACGAAAAAUGUAUUAAAAUAAAAAUAAAGGCGGCUGCUGUGUUCACCCGAAAAAACCAGAGAGACAGACCCUUGUCUCGUAAUUGAUUCCAGCUCUAGAGAUCGCACGAAAGUUUAUCCGUCAAUCAUCAAUACUUUUGUUUUCGAAACAUCUGGUGAUUUUAAUCAAAGAUCAUCGUUGGGUUCAAACGCUUUUAUCUUCGGAAUCUGUGUUUCUGGUCGGUGUUAACUGAUUUUGUUUUCUUUGAUCCUGUUGUAUUUUGAUAAUUUCGAAGGAAUAUUUUGGUGGGUUUUUAUUGUUUUGAAAUGGGUCAUGUAGAGUUUCGGGUUUGUGAAGGAACUUGUGUCGAUUUUUUUGUUUGAAUUUUGGGCUUUUUUCUCUAUGAUCUCUUUGGGACCUCAGAAUGCGAGGGAGGGCAUAGAAUUAGAGUUUGGUGGUGGUGUUAAGAGAGAUAUGGAGGAGUCUGAGCUUGAAGAAGGAGAGGCUUGCUCCUACAAUAACAACAACGACGACGACGAUUAUAAUACCAGCAUGGACCCUGAUAUUGAUCUCUCUUACAUUGAUGAAAAAAUUCAAGAUGUUUUGGGACACUUUCAGAAAGAUUUUGAAGGUGGAGUUUCUGCUGAGAAUUUGGGGGCAAAAUUUGGUGGCUAUGGUUCAUUUCUACCUUCUUAUCAGCGGUCUCCUGUUUGGUCUCGUCCUAGGACUCCACCAAAAGUUCAGACCUACAAUCCAUCUAUUUCACCAAACAGCUUGCAUCAAGCGGGUGUCCAUUGUGACUCCACAGCAUUAUCAACUAUGACUCAGUCAUUGAGCAUUGUAUCUGCUUCUCAUAAUGGCUCGUCAUUGCCUUCACUGAAGGCUUCCUCCAUUAAUGAUAUGUUUAAUCAAGACGUAUGCCCACCCACUCAUUGUUCCGAAAGUUUUACCGCUGCACAUGAAUCUGCAAACAGGAAAUCUUCUAAUUCUUCAGAUAAGAAAAAACUGAAGGUCCGAAUCAGAAUGGGUUCUGAUAAAUUGUCGACAGGAAAGAAUACUGAAAUAUACAGUGGUCUUGGCCUUGAUGGGUCACCAUCUUCAUCGUUUGGUGAGAGUCCUUCAGAAAGUGAAGGAACAUCUCAUGAACAUCUUGAGGCACCUUUUGAAUCUCCGACAAGUAUCAUACAGAUCAUGACUUCCUUUCCGGUGCUUGGAGGUUUAUUAUUAUCACCACUUCCUGAUGCUCUAAUGCACUUGAAAGAAAAUGAAAAGGUGCCAAAAUACAGUGGAUCCAUGACUGUUCGAAUGGUUGGUCCAAAUGGUUCCAAGACUAAACUGAACGCUGCUCAUUCUUCGCGGGGUGAUGGGAAAGUGUUAGGAGAGAAGAAAACAAGAUCAAUAGAGAAAUACGAUUUUUGUGCAGAAACAGAACUUAAGACUGGCAGUAGUGGAGAUGCUCAGAAUGGCAUUGGUGCUUUGUCAAGAAAUAAGGCAGACCUUGACACAUUGGCUCGUGAGGAGCUUGUUUCUAGUACCUUAAAGCUUCCACUCCUGUUUAAUUCACAUGUAGCAGUUGGUGGCUCAGCAACAGUCAUGGGUAGGUUGUCUGAUAUGUCCAAAGUUGCUUGCAAGGGUAUGAUGAGGGAAAAGGUCUCCUCUGAUUGCACAAAAGAUGAACCUUCGGGGCCAAUUUUCGCCCAAGAGGAUGACUUGUUUGGGAAUUCAAAGUCUGAUCCAGUUCUGAAAGUUCGAGAAGACAGAAUUGUUAGUUGUCUUGACAAAGGUUCCGGCUACCCAAGGAAGGACCUGGAAGGAGGAAAACCACACAACUCUGUCAAGACUGACUCAAAUUUUCUCAAGGGAGGGAAUGUGGACCUUACCGAUCUUCCCAAGAAAAAGGCCUAUCAAAAAAUUGUUUCCCAGGGGGAAGAAAUUAUGCUACCUCCUGACAAGGAGCAACCAUCCUCUGGGGGAAAAAAGAAUGUGAAGGCGAGCAAAAGCCAUAAUAUCCUCGAUGCAGAUGCGUCAAAAGAAAGAUCUAGGGUUAGCUUUUCUUUGGUGCCAAAAAAUAAGGGCUCUGAUGAUGGUUUUGCAACUAAAAAUGAAUAUGAAGAUUCAAAGCUACCAAAAACUACUGAAAAGGCUGAAGAUACCUAUAGAGAGAUUUUUGGUGACAUGUUAGAAUUAGAAAAGGAAGAAAAACAAUUAAGUUCACUGGAAAUGCUUGGCGAAGAAAGGCUGAGGGAUUCUAUGGUCGCUGAUAAAAGCACAUAUUUCCGUAGCAAUGCUUUAAAAGAGAGGUCAAGUGGUAAGAAAAUGGAUAAGGCAUCUACAUCAGAAGCAUAUCAUCCUCAAGCAACUUCGAAAGUCCAUUCUCGCCCUGGAAAUGGACCUUUUUGUGAUGGGGCUUCUGCAGCAGCUGCUUCUGAGGAUAAUUGGGUCUGUUGUGACAAAUGUCAGAAAUGGCGGCUUCUUCCAGUUGGUAAAAAUCCUAAUGACCUACCUGAGAAGUGGGUGUGUAGCAUGCUUGACUGGCUGCCUGGGAUGAACCGAUGUAGUUUCAGCGAGAACGAAACAACAAAUGCCGUCAUGGCACCCUACCAAGUCCCUGCUUUAGAUACUCAAAAAAAUGUUCGAAGUCAUCCUGGUGGGGCUGUAUUGGAAGGUAUAUUUGCUGAUGCUCUGAACCCCAAUCAAAAUGACUUGAGAUUUGGUAUGCAUACCAUGGCUGCUGCUGGUGGCAAGAAGCAGCAUGGUCCAAAAGAAAUAUCAAAUGCAGCAGAUAAAGCUGGUCCCUUUCAGUCCUCAAAUUCUGUAAAGAAGAACGUGCAGACAUCUGUCAGAAAUGGAAGCUUAAAUGAUAAUAAUCCGUCUCCUGGGGUAAGCGAACCUUAUUUUCCGCAGCUAAGCAGGCAAAGUGAGUUCGCUUCGGAGAGGCAUAAACAUAAGCAAAUAGAAAAGCACAAAGUACAUGAGAACAACUCUACUGGAGGUAUUACCAAGGGUUCUAAGUUAAAAAGCAAAAGAGACUCCGAUCAUAAUGGUUUAACAGCAUCAAAGAAAAUCAGGACCGAGAGUUUGCAUUGUACAGAUGAAGAUGGGAUGUCUGAUCAUGGUAAGGGUUGGAUGUCUGAUCACAGUAAGGGUGGGGGGAAGCUGGUCCAUAGUUCAGGCAGUGGUUCACUCAUUGUUUCAUCUGGGAAGGAUUGGCCUAGAUACAAUGAAUGCUCUUCCUCUAAGGACUUGAAACGUGAUAAAAAGGGCAGGCUACUCUUUUCUGUCAAACAACCAAAAGACCAAGUUGUUGCAUCCUUGGAUAAUGGGUCCAUGCGUGUGGAAAAUAGUGAAGCUAGAGACAUCACGGUGAAAAAGAAGAGAAGGAAGGAAAAUCAGGAUUCUGAGAUUUAUCCAGGGUCUAUUUCUAAUACAGGGCAUCGUCUCCAGGACGACAGACUUUAUGCCAAGGAAGUGUACAGUGAGAAUGACAAUAGGAAGGCAAAGAAGGUUCGUGUAUCCAAGUCUGAGGAAAAACAGUCUAUUGCAAGUAAUGCCAAUGGUAGAACAGACAAAAAGGCCAGUCACACAAAGAGCCAGCAAGGUAUAGAUUCUUUGAAAAGGGAUUCUGGAUGCAUACAGCCUUCUGCAGCUGCUACUUCAAGCUCUUCUAAGGUUUCUGUUUCCACUAAAAGCAAAGCCAGCUUCCAUGAAGCAAAGGGCUCACCUGUGGAAUCAGUUUCAUCUUCUCCAAUGAGAGUUAAGAAUCCAGAGAAGUUCAUGUCAGCAAAAAAGUGUCUUACGGUGAAAGAUGACUCUUGCAAAGCUGAUCAUUUUGGUGUAAGUAAUCCAAGAAGACGCUUAGAUGGUGAAAAUGGAGGUGAGGGUAAUCGAUUAGGGAAAAUAGGGAAGGAGAAACGUUCUGAAAUGGCGCAUCAUGGUUCUCAUGAGUCCUUUGCGCUUGAUUUUCCGGACAAGGGCUUCGGUCACUUAUCUGGUGUUAAAGAUGAAGCACAUACUGCACCCUCUUCUGAUAUUGCAAACCACCACUUCACCAAUGGUGAUGCUAAUCAGAUAGACCAAAAUUCCCGAUAUCACAGUAAACCAACAACUUUGGACCAAGACCUUGAUGAGGAAAGACGGAAUGAAAAUAAUUAUUGUGCUAAUGGAUCUGACCCUAGGAAGUCUGGAAAGGGUUCGUCUUUGCAUUCUAAGGAUAAGAACCAGAAUUCUAAUUCCAAGUUUGAGGUAAUCAAUUUCAAGCUCGCUGGUCCAAAUGAUGCAUUGCAAGAUCAUCAAACUUCCUCUAAAGUAAAACCCAGGCAUAAAACCAAACCUCAGGAUAAGUUCGCGGUAGACUUUGAUGAAAGUGGAGACAGAUAUCUUGGUAAAGACUCUUCUGGAAAAUCGUUAAGUGAGAGUGGUGAAAGAGAGAGUCACUUAAAUUUCGGUGGAAAUGAUGCUGCAGACAUCAAAUUAGAUGCGAUUCGCAGCCAGGAUCAAACUUCUACACCAAAGCAGUGUCUGCUGCAAAACUGCAAUGGAGAAAGAUCUUCAAAGAGGAUCCAGUCUCAUGAAGCUGAUAAAGUGGAGACAGUCUCUGGUCGAGAGAAGUCACUAUCAGCAGAACCCUCUGAACGAGCUCAAAAUGGGACGAUAUCUGGAUUAUCCGCUGCAGAUUCUGGGUCCCAAAAUGGAAACGGAGCAAACAAUUUGCCAUUAGAAGCCUAUGAAGGGGAAAAUGCAUUGAAGGCCCCCACUCAGGUGAGAAAUCCUGAUCAUCAGAGUAGGUUUCAGCAGAUUAUCCCAAGACAUUCCACUACAAAUGGGCACAAGGUUGGGGAUACUGAUGCCCCAAGUCCAGUUCGAAGGGAUUCCUCCAGUCAUGCCGCAGCCAACCUUAUCAAAGAGGCUAAAAAUUUAAAGCACAUGGCAGAUCGCCUCAAGAAUUCUGGGUCCAGUGAAGAGGGUACAGGGCUGUACUUUCAGGCAGCCCUAAAGUUUCUUCAGGGUGCCUCUCUAUUAGAAUGUAGUGGUGGUGAAAGCAGGCAUGGAGAGAGUCAGUCUAUGCAUUUUUAUGGUAGCACUGCGAAACUCUUCGAAUUUUGUGCACGUGAAUAUGAAAAAUGCAAACACAUGGCUAAUGCUGCUCUGGCAUACAAAUGCAUGGAGGUUGCAUACUUUAGGGUAAUUUAUUCCAAACGUGCCAGCGCAAACAAAGAUCGGCGAGAGUUGCAGACAGCUCUACAAAUAGGUGAGUCACCUUCAUCUUCUGCGUCGGACAUUGAUAACUUGAACCAGCCAACAGUGGAUAAGGUUCCCUUACCCAAAGGUGUUAGCCCUCCUCAAGGUGCUGGAAAUCCUGUCAUUGCUGCUCAAAACCGUUCACAUUUUGCAAACUUGCUUGAUUUUGCUCAGGAUGCAAUUUGUGCCAUGGAAGCCACUAGAAAAUCACAGAUUGCUUUUGAAGCUGCGAAUGUAAACUUGGCAGGAAGUCAAUACAAAGAGGUUAUUUGUUCGAUUAAAAGGGCUCUUGAUUUUAACUUUCGAGAUGUAGAGGGAUUACUACAUCUGGUACGACUUGCAGUGGAGGCCAUCAGCUGAUAAAAGUCCCAGUGUUUGUGGGAAUUCUGUUAUCCUUAGGAAGAAAAUUUUGAUUUUUUUUUGGUGUAUUCUUGGGUAUGAAGACUCUGAGGAGAAAAGAAGACUGAGCUGAGUUUUUUCUGCUGCACCACUUCUGUUAGAAAUUCUUUUGCACAACUCGACGAGUUUUGUACCUAUGUGCAGUACAGGAUAAAUCCGAAUUUUCAGCAUUUUCCGUGGUUUCUGCUUCCUUUGUGACAUGAGAGAGGACGACAAUUACUGAACCCAUAACAACAUUGGUACUGGGUGUUCAUAAGGUUUCUGGAGAAAUAAUAUUGUGCUUUGUACAAAUAGUCAGAUUUAUAGUCAAGCUGGAGACUGGUUGAAGACGUAAAUGUGCAUAGAAAACCAGGUGAAACGUGUUGUGUUAAAAGUUCAGAUACGUAGGUUGCCAUCUUUGGGACAUUUUUCAAUGAUACUUUUGGAGGGGAAAACCACCAGUUAACAUUCUUUUGUCCCUUUGUGUCAGGAAAACAUACUGGACGGCAGUCUCAGGUUGUUGUAUCCAGCUUAAAUCCUUUUCUUUGUGAUUUAUAGAGACAAUAAGGAAGAGGUUACAUAGAAAUAUAUAUAGACAGCGGAAUAUUGAUUUGUAGUCAUAACAGCGGGUAUUAUUGUUGUAUGUAUAUACAAUCAUGGACCUGCACUUACUCUGGAGUAGGCAUAAGCUUUUCAUAAUUGGAGGGGGUUCGCACAAAUAUCAUCCAUGAGCACUCUUUGCUCAAGGGGGUUUGAGUGAGGAAGGCAGUUCCCGUGCCGGUUGUGUUGGUGUUUCAUAAACGCCAUCCAGCAUUCAGCAGAGAAUUUCUUCUUUCAUUUAUCCCCAUUACUCUCAUUACCAACUGUAAACUAUGUUUUAAGACGAAAUUGACCUCAUUAGGCAUUAGCUUAACCCUGCUCACAAACUGUUGUAAACUGUAAUACAGGUACUGUAAAGCAUAAACAUUUGUUCGAGAAUCACGAAUAGUGCACGAGUAGUUUAGAUGACACUCAUGUGUUGUAUCUCGAGUUCGAGUCUCUCCCAAAAGUGUAAAAACAUUUGUUCAAGUUGUCAUAAUAAAAUUUUGAAAGCUUAUUAUUACAGAA